AUGCAGCAGCAGCAGCAGCAGCAUCCAAGCGAGUUUCCUGGCAUCGUCAAUGCGCCGAGGGAGUCGGAUUGGGCGACAAUAGACUGGAUCAGUUCACAGCACGAGGCAAGCGAGCGGCGCACGGCGCUGUACCACCGAUCUCGUGGAGAUUCCAUUACGGCCCGUACACGAAGUGCACUCACGCACAAUGAGAGUUUUCUUUCCGCGUUUCUGACAGGUCUUGUUUUGGGACUCCUCGGCGUUUUUUGUGACGCCUGCUCGCAUUGGGUGUCGGCGUUCCGCGUGGGCAUCUGCGCCAGCUUCUUCUGGCUUGGCCGUAAUCUCUGCUGCGUGGAGCAGGAGACUUGCGCCGGGUACUACACUUGGGGUGAGUUCUUGCUUGGCCGCGACGACCGCGUGGCGGCGUUUGCCGACUUUUGCUUCUACGUCCUUCUUUCCACCUUCGCCGCGAUGAUGGCGGCGUUUGUGUGCAAGGUGUACGCCCCCUACGCGGCGGGUGGCGGCAUCAACGAGGUGAAGACGAUUGUGUCAGGCCACCACGUCAGCCGCUACCUGGGCGGCUGGACGCUGAUCACGAAGGCGAUUGGGAUGAGCCUCUCCACCGGCUCCGGCCUCGUGGUGGGGAAGGAGGGGCCCUUCGUGCACAUCGGCGCCUGCGCGGGGGAGAUGAUUGCCCACCUCUUUCCCAGCUAUCGGCUAGACGCAAAGAAGCGUGAGCUGAUCACCGCGGGCGCGGCGGGCGGCGUAGCCGUGGCCUUCGGGGCCCCUGUAGGGGGUGUUAUCUUUGCCCUGGAGGAGAUCUCCAGCUUCUACAACUUCAAGGCGAUGAUGGCGGCCCUCAUCUGCGGCGUGACGGCGGUGCUGCUGCAGUCCCGCAUAGACCUCUGGCACACCGGCCGCAUUGUGCAGUUCAGCGUCAACUACAAACACAACUGGCAGUUCUUUCAGCUGCCGCUCUUCGCCCUGCUGGGGGUGGUGUGCGGGUUUCUCGGCUCGCUCUUCAACGCGGUGAACAUCCGCAUCAUCCGCUGGCGCAAGCGGCACCUCAAGAUGUGGCGGGUGACGGAGGUGGCCGCCGUGGCAGCCGUCACCGCCGUCUGCAACUUUUUCACGCCGUACAGCUCGGGAAGCCUCUUGGAGCUGCUUGCGGACGCCUUUCAGGACUGCACCCCGCAUAGCACGAUUGAGCUCUGCCAAGACGGCAACGUGCGGACCUUUGUCUACCUCCUCAUCACGGCGACGGUAAAGCUGGUGCUCUGCAUGUACACGAUAGGCACAUUUCUUCCCUCCGGUAUCCUCGUCCCGUCCCUCGCCAUCGGUGCCUUGUACGGGCGAGCCUUCGGCAUCCUCUGCCGGGCCCUGCAAGAGUCCUACGCCAGCUCCUACAUUUUCGCGGAGUGCUACAACCAGGACCUCUGCGUUAUACCAGGGAUGUACGCCAUUGUAGGCGCGGCCGCCAUGCUGACGGGCGUCACGCGGAUGACGAUAUGCCUCGCAAUUAUCAUGUUUGAGUUGACAGGCUCGCUGGACUACCUUGUGCCGGUGAUUAUUGGCAUUCUCUGCGCCAAGGCGGCCGCGGAGGCGGUGGGGGUGGAGGGCACCUACGAGCUUGGCAUUGCGGAGAACAACCUGCCCUUCCUCGACCCGAAGAAGGAGUGCCACGUCGACGCCGUCGCCGAGGACGUCUACGCCCGCCGCAAGUUUACCGUCCUCACGGCGUACGGCUUUACCGUGGGGCAGCUGAAUCAGCUGCUGCACGAGAUGGAGGUGUCCGGCUUCCCCGUCGUGCACUCGCUCAGCGACAUGACGCUGAUGGGCUACGCGCCCGCCAAGAAGAUUGUGCGUGCGAUUCAGGUGGCCGCCGCAAAGGACAGCCGCGUCGACUUUGACACCCUCGUCCGCUUCACUGCGGCGCCGUCGCCAAACCUGGCGGAGGGGCAACUUGAAAUCAACCUCACCGCCGUCGUGGAGAGCCCCAUGCUGCAGGUGGAGCCGGAGUGCCCGGUGUCGCGCAUGCUGUACCUCUUCAAGUCUCUCGGGGUGCGCCACAUCAUGGUGUGCCGCCGCGCGAAAUUCGCCGGGUACAUUAGCAAGAAGGACUUUGUGAAGUUUCUGCGCGGCGCCGAGCGGGAGGAGCACGUGGAGCCGGCGUAG